AACCGCAUGUAUACAACCAUUUGUUUUGGUUUCAUGUUUCAUGACAAGACACGAUAAUUCAUCAUUCUUCAGUGCAUUUUCGCAGUGAUAAAACCAAUUUUUGUGAAAUGGGAAAUGGUUUUUUAAGUUUAAUACACACUUUAUAUUGCGUGUUCUUCGAGUAUCUUUAAGACUUUAAAAGGAAUAGUAUUAUUAAUUCUUAAUUCCUAACUGAACCGGUGCCGAUAGCAAGACUGUGAUAUUUUUUAAUAAAUAAAUACCAAAGAUGUCAACGGAGGUGAAGACGAUUUCUGCGAGAGCCAUUACGAAACUAAAAAUGGAAGAAACACAGCCAAGACUGACCAGAUCAUCGUCGUUAGAUAAAAUAAAAAAAUUCAACACAUUCAUCUGCUCCCAACAGUACUACGUGUUGCCAGCUCUACUUAAUUGGCUAAAAUCUUCACAAACCAAUCUACAAGCAUCAACAGAGAGCACGAUAUAUUUCCUAAGGGCAUUUAUUUUUAAUGCUUUCUUCAAGUUCUACCUGCUGUUCUUCCGGAAACAACAGUUCAGUGUGGAGCAAAUUAAAAUUGUCGCAAAGAAAGUUAUCGCAGUCGUGAUUUCGAAUUUCUUUGAGACGUUCUCAAAAUGUUUCGAACCAACUUUUCUACUUAUGGCCGGUGUCUACUUUGGUUGCUUUAUCGUAUGCAUGCAGUUACUAUUUACUAUUUAUUUAAUGUAUUUACUGUUUUUACCACUUGGGUUCCUAUUUCUUAUGGGCUGUAUGAUGAGUAUUCAGUAUCUCUGCUACAAGACUAUGAUUCCUGCUAGACCUCUUAGUGGAAAGGGGAAAAAAUUAAAGUGAUUUUAGGUUAUUUUACAGACUUUUCCACUUACAUUAAGUGACCGUAAUAUAGAUGGUUUUUAAUUUUAUAGAGAUUCGACUUGUGGACUUUGUAGUUAAUUAGGAAAACUAUGUUUUUUUGUACAAUAAAAAAAUUUAUAUACACA